AUGAGCACAAUGACAUCAUCUUACCGCAAAGACGUUUCCGGCUGGAGCAACAAGGGCUUCUCCCCAUCUUCUGAUGAGCCAGCUCCAGUCAAGACACGUUCUCUUCUCACAAAUCCACUUUGGAAUACAACAUAUCGUAGAGAUUAUUGCUCAAGAGAUCCAGCCACCAUGAGGUCGGCUACAUCAUCCUUUCGCGCCACAGAAUUAAAGGAAAGAACAAUUACACGCUCCCUCGACCCUCCAACAACUAAUAUCAAGGUCUGGGAAACAACAUAUCAGAGAGAUUUCUGCAGCCAGCACGGAGAAAAUUGCAACUGUGAGCAUUAA